AUGUCCGAGUAUUUCGAGGUUUGGAUCGGAUGUCCUUACGACUGGAUCGAAGUACGCGAUGGUGGGGAGGUGACGUCACCAUUAAUUGGACGCUACUGUACGCCUUUACGGAACCCCAUCUUAUGGUCCUCUUCAAACGAGAUGCUCGUGAGACUCCGCAGUGACAGUUCCUUUGACAGCCACUUCGUUAUCGGAUACACGUUCAAGCCUAAAGAAGAUAAUAAAGAUGAGGAGGAAGAAGGGAAAACCUGUCAAAUAGGAGACGGCUCUUCUUACCGCGGAACUCUAGCUGCCACAUGGUCGGGAAGGCUGUGUCAGGCGUGGGGUGUUCAGGCUCCGCACAGUCACAGUCGAACCCCGGCAAACUACCCCAACUCAGGUCUGGACAAAAACUAUUGCCGGAACCCAAGUGGACAUCAUAACCUUUGGUGCUACACAGCCGACCCUGACAAGAGAUGGGACAGUUGUGUGCUUCGCAAGUGUGAUACCGUCCUGGAGGAUCUUGGCGCAGAAGUGCAAGAUCUCAUUAAGGACGCAGGAGAGUGCUACACCGGGAAAGGAAAAUCCUACCGAGGCACGACGACUUUGACCUGGUCAGGCCAUACCUGCCAAGCGUGGUCCUCGCAGACGCCCCACAGUCAUAGCUACACCCCGGAGAAGUAUCCCAACGCCGGCCUGACCAACAACUACUGCAGGAACCCAUCCAAGAGCGACGCUCCCUGGUGCUACACUACUUCGUCCAAGAGGUGGGCCUUCUGUGCCAUACCGAAGUGUAUGGAGAACGAAGGGACCUAAGGAAAAGCGUUCGGUCAUCGAUAGCUAGCUGUUCACUGGGAUACCAACCAUGUGAUGAACAAGAGCGUGUUUAGCAACUAGUCCUUCAUAAUGGCGGGCACU